AUGGUCACAACCCUUGCCUCGGCCGCCUCUGUGGCCCUGCUGCUGGCAGGAACCCUCCCGGCUGUCAGCGCGCAGUAUUAUACAAUUGACACGCCUGCCAACAUCAAGGCGUCGGCAAAGACCCUUGCAUACGAUCUGAUCAAGCAAUACAAAGGAAACCAGUCGGGCGAGAUCCCCGGUAUCCUGCCCGGCCCCCCAACCGAGCACAAGGGCGACUACUACUGGUGGCAGGGAGGCGCCAUGAUGGGCACCUACAUCGACUACUGGAAGCUGACGGGCGAUUCGACCUACAACGACCUCGUCAUGGAGGGCAUGCUGCACCAGACCGGCCCCAACGCCGAUUACAUGCCCCCCAACCACACCGCAUCCCUCGGAAACGAUGACCAAGGCUUCUGGGGAAUGUCCGCCAUGCUCGCCGCCGAGAACAAGUUCCCGAACCCCCCGGAAAAUAAGCCCCAGUGGCUCGCCCUCGCCCAGGCCGUCUGGACCACCCAGGCGAGUCCCGACCGCCACGACGAAACUUGCAACGGAGGUCUGAGAUGGCAGGUCCCGUUCUCCAACGCCGGUUACAACUACAAGAACACCAUUGCCAAUGGAUGUUUCUUUAACAUCGGCGCCCGCCUCGCCAGGUACACCAACAAUGAUACGUAUGCAAAGCACGCCGAAAAGACCUGGGACUGGCUUUGGGGUGUGAACUACAUCGACCACGAGAACUGGAAUGUCUACGAUGGCGGCCACGUCGAGCACAACUGCACCGACGUCAACAAACAGCAGUUCUCCUACAACGCUGCCAUCCUGACCCAGGGUGCUGCUUUCAUGUACAACUAUACCAACGGGUCUGAGGUCUGGAAGGGCCGGAUCGAGAAGCUCACCGAGUCCCUCUUCCUCAACUUCUUCCCCAACAACACCGGAUACGAGCUCGCCUGCGAGGGCAAGAAGGGCCAAUGCACCGCCGACAUGUUGUCCUUCAAGGGCUACGUCCACCGCUGGCUCUCCGUCGUCACCCAGAUCGCCCCCUUCAUGAAGGACAAAAUAUUGCCUGUGCUCAGGGACUCGACCCAGGCCGCCGUCAAACAGUGCACCGGUGGGGCGACGGGUCGCGUCUGCGGCUUCUACUGGAACGAGGGAGUGUUUGUGGACCCCGCCACUGACAAGACCUCGGGAGCCGGCGAGCAGAUGAACGUGCUGGCUGCCGUGUCGAGUUUGCUGAUUGAUAACGUCGAGCCGCCCGCGACGAAUAUGACGGGUGGUAUCUCCAAGGGCGACCCCGAAGCGGGAAGCAAGAGCAGGGACAAUAUCGAGCCGGAUCCCAUUACGACGGCGGACCGCGCCGGUGCGGGUAUCCUGACGGCCAUUGUGCUGGCUGGUGGUCUGGGCACCUGGGGCUGGAUGAGCCUCGGCGAUUAG